CCAAAUACACGAUAUUGUUCUUAAUUUUUGACGCUUCACAAAUAUUAACGUCACUACAGUCAGACAUCAGCCAACAAAAUCGUGCGUAAACGAAAUAAUGAAAAAUUAGACCAGUCGAAAUGGCCGACAGCGUACCCUGUGGCAAAAGAUGUGGUAAAAAAAAACCAGGGUGUGUAAACAUCCCCCCUGUGCCAGUCGACAGGAAUAAAGAUGACGAUAAAUUUAACAAGACUUGCCCAUGUACCGAAACUAUUAACCUCGACUGUUGCGAUCCGAAUCAACAAAAAAAGAAUUGAAAUUACAUCAAAAUUAUUAUAGUGUUUCCCAAUCAUAGACCAUGUCGCCUGCACCUGUAAGCCAAAGAGUAGAUAUCAAGGAUUGUCGUAAGGUAUUUCCCCCCCACCCCUGUGAUCCGCCACCCCCAUGCGACCCUACAAAAGACCCCGAAGGAGAAUGCACCAAACCAUAUCUGUGUUAUGAAAAAAUUAAGAAUCCCGAAGACAAUGAAGCCACCCGUUGCAGAGAAGGCGCUUUUUUGUACUCAAAGAAAUGUGCCAAAAUUGAGCCCCCUCACCCGUGCGAUGACCCGCCACCAAAGUGCACAGAAAAAUGCAAAUACAGAAAGUAUGAGUGCAACGAACCCCAGUUGUGUUUGCAAAGAAUCAAAAAUCCUAAUCUCCACCCACCUGAAUGUUACGAACCACCUUGCUUGGUAACUGUAACUAAAAAUAAGAAGACAGAUACAUAAUUUAUGAGUGCUAAAAGACACAUUAGUUACAUAGAAAAAUAAAGACGAAUUACAUAAAGCUGUACACAUCAAAACACGUGCCUCAGAGAUAACAAAACUAUAGGGUUACUCUUCAGUACUACUCUCUCCACUUAUUUCGUUUUGAUAGACCUAAUGUUUUAUUAGUUUCAUAUAAAGCAUUAAAUAAACUAAAUUACCAUUAUUCAGCAUAAUAAUCUGAAAUAAUCUGAAUGCCUUCACUGGCUUUCUUUAUAAAAUGAUAAAGAGGGCCAGUAAAUACUAACAAGCUCUAAAAUUGUAACUAACAAUUUUGCCCGUGUUCAUAAAAGAAAAUUGUAAUUAUAUAGCAAUAAACCAUGGUAUAACAA